AUGAGUUUUUAGAAUAAAAAUAAACCAAAUACAUCGAGCAGCUUUUUUAACAAUAAUUCAUUUUUUAGAGGAAUUAAAAUUGAUGAAGCAACAUAGUUGAAUCUGAGUAUAUCUUAAAUUCCUUCUUAAAUGGGAUAAUCUUGCAUGCUCAGCUAGGACUUAUUUCUUUCAUAAAAACCUUAAGAUAAGUCAAAAAACAAAGACUUUAAACAGAUGCAAUCAGAUUCUUCAAAAAUUUCAUUUACUAAAGACUUAACUUCCAGUUUUGUUAGCAAUUCUAAUAACAAUGCUUUUUCUAUUAAAAUAGAUGCUAGCUCUAUUGAUGAGCAAUUAAGUUCAGGAGAUUACUAAAAAGUUAAAGAAUUCGUUUAUUAUUUCUAAAAUCUUCUUGUUUGCAAAGACCACAAAAAUUCUUUUGUUUAAAUAGAUGAUAAUAUUGUUUAGAUUAAUUUAGAAGAACUUUUAUUCAACUAAAAAUGUUAAAAUUCAACCUGUUUGGAAAUUUGUAAGAAAUAAUUAAAAAUAAGCUCUAUUUAUUCAUUUAACAAACUGAUGUACCACUCAUUAAAAAUUGCUUUAAAUUCAGUUUUUUCUAAAAAUUUAAAACCUGACUUUUCAAAAUUAAAAUUUCAAUUGAAAGUAAGUCAAAACUUAUAAAAUAGUGAGGGUGAGUCUAUCUAUAAAGCUAAGCAUAACGACUUAGUUUUUUUGUAGGGUUUUUUUGAGAGCUAUCUAGAUUCAAAUAUUUAUUUUUCUUAUGUUUAAAGGAGAUAUACUAUUGUCCAUUCUUACAAAUUUAUAGUUAACGAUGAAAAUUAAACAUGCUUAACAGUAUUUACACUUGAAAAAGAAGUAAAAGAUAAAAUUGAUUUAUUUUAGGAUGUAAAUUUAAUUGGAUUUCUUGUGAUUAUCACUAACCCAUUUAGUUAAUUAAAUGAGUUUACAAUAGAAAUAAACUAAAUUAAUUAAAUUAAAGAAAAUAAUACUUAAGAUUGUUUAGAAAAUUAGCUAAAAAUGAUUUAAGAAGUGAGAGAAUUGUAAUAGUAAAAAUCAUGCUUUGACUCAAUGGUUAAAAAUUUUUUCAAAAAUGUAUUACCCCAAAAUUUUGUGUUCAAAGGAUUACUUUUGCUUAUCCUAGUUUCAAACACUUCUAAAUUAACUGAUUUAAAUAUUUUAUUUCUAUGUGAUAAUGGCUUAUCUUAAACAGAUUUACUGAAGCAGCUGUAGCUUUUCCAGAAAUAGAAUUAUAAAAUAGUUUCAGAAUAAGAAAAUAGAGCAAACAAGCAGCAAAGAAACACUAUUAUUUAGAAAAAAGUUAAUGCUAAAAAUAACUGCUUUAUGAACUCUUCUAGCUAACCCAAAAAAGUUUAUUUAAACUGUCAUAAAUAAAAUUCAGAUGUUCUAAGAAGAAAUUUAAAGUAUAAAUUUCACAGUGUUAUUAUGAAAGGUUAAAUUGAUAAAUUGAGUGAAUACCACUAAAUAAAUAUGCUUUUUUCAAACUGUUGUUUCAGUAGUUACAACCAAAACUUGACUAUAUCUGAGAAUUGCUUACCUUUGGGUUCAUCUUUACUUUAGGAGUUAUAAUAUAUAUGCAGAAUUAGAGACUGUGUUGACGAAGAUUUUAUUUAAAAAAAAAUAAAUGCACAAUUGAAUAGAAAAAUAUUAUCAAAGAGAAAAUUGAAUGAUUACAAUUGCGACGAAUAUUUUUAAGACUCUAUUUCCUCUCGAAUUAAUCUAUAAGGCGAAUGCUCUUACCAAGAUGAUAAUUUUUAUCAAAAUUACUUUGAAUUUCUUAAAUAAGUUCCAACUCCUUAAUUUAAUUAGAAUUCAUCUGAAUUAGUGCGUUAAGCUUUUAUAAAUUUUCAGGUAGUAAACAAAUUUUAGGAGAAUCUUCACUUUUUGACAUAAAAUCCUAAAAUUGUUCCUUUUAUUAUAGAAUUAUCUAAAGCAAGAGCUAAAAUUGAUUUCUGUGAAAUAGUAAAAGAAGAACAUAUACAAGAUGUAAUAGAUUUAUUAAUUGAAGGAUUUUAAGAAAUUUCUUAAGAAGCAGAGUUAGUGUUCUAACAAGAUGAUGAAGAAUAGCAACUCAUGCAAGAAAAUAAUGAAGAAGUAACAGGUAGAAAAAUUAAGAGAUGUGGUAAAUAAAAGCAAGUAAUGAUUUAUUUAAAUUUUUUGAAGGAGAGAGGGAGUACCUUUAAUAGAAGAGAAUUAAGACAGUAUUUUGAAGAGUGUGGAAUUCAAAUUACAGGUUGCUUUGAUGAUUUUAUAGAUGAAUUAAACUAUAAUGAUUACUUGAAAUAAAUUACACAAACUUAAUUUUAGCUUAACUUAGAUAAGCUAUGA